AUGGACGCCACCGCCACCGCCGGCGUCGUCUCGUGGAACCCCAACGAGCGGGUCGCGUUCCGUCCCGCAAUUGCCGAGGAAGAAGAGUGUUCCACUCGUGCUCUUGCUUGUGUCGAUGUCGCCAACAAGCUGAGGUCUUUGUCUGUCUUCACUCUUCAGCAUAUCUGCAUAUACAAUCGUUGUGAGUGGAGCCAGCCAUAUACAUUGUGUGAAGUGCAGACCGUGGUCAACCUGCGUGCCAUCAACAUAGUGGAGAAUGCGCUUAUCACACUUGUUGGUGCUCCCACCGUAGGUGAAUUCCAUGAACCGGUGGUGAUGGAAGCCACAGGGGAAUUCCAGAUCGUGCGAGUGUGUGCACCAGUAGCGCAGACUCCCGAUGAGGCGCCCCGGAAUGAGGGUCUUAGAGUGAUUGUUGUGUGGGGAACAAGUGGUGUUCUUAGCCAGACCGUUGUCAUCAAAGGAGUGUAUGAUGAUCUGAAGAGAAGCAACAGGUUUGAACAAUUCGCUUGGAUCAGGAUUGUGCAUCCUUUCAAUCCACUGGAGUUCCUCCAGUGCAUUAUGAGGCAGUUCUAUGAAACUUCUUUUGAAGUAGGGAAGACCCAAGAAAAAACUAACAUUGGGGCUCAAGUUCUUAAGAAGAUGGGGAUGAUGAAACAAGAUGAUUUGGUUGAUGCAUUCAGUGAGUAUGUGAAUGAGAAAAGCUAUCUGAUUGUGCUUAAUGACCUGUCCACCGUUGAAGAGUGGGAUGCGAUUAAGAAAUAUUUUCCGGACAACAAGAAAGGAAGCCGAAUCAUUGUAUCAACAGAGCACGGUGAAGUUGCAAGCCUAUGUGCCGGGCAAGAAUGUACAGUGUCAGAGCUCAACCAAUCAUCUGUUUAUCAAAGUAUUUUUGGUUCCAAGGUCUGCUACAGCUAG